AUGAAGGGUAAGGUGGCGGUGGUGACGGGAGGCAAUGCUGGUAUUGGCCUGGAGACAACCCGUCAGCUGGCACUGUGGGGCGUUCACGUCCUUGUCGGUUGUCGGCGAGUUGAGGAUGUCCAGAAGAUUGCUGAUCAUGUGUCUCAAGAGCACACCAGAAACAAGGAGACGGCAAAGAAUAAGAGGCUGCCAGCUCCGGUUAUUCCCGGGGAAAUUCGCGGCUUCUAUAUGGACCUCUGCGAUUUUAACACUGUCCGGCGUUUUGCUGUUUGGGCUCUUGCUGAAAGCCGUGGAAAGAUCGACAUCUUGGUGAACAACGCUGGCCUGAUGUCCACUGACAAGUUGUCCAUGGACAAGAAUACAGGUUUCGAGAGGCACUUUGUGACAAAUCACCUCGGACCUUUCUUGCUCACGGACCUGCUCCUCCCUGCUGUGAAGGCGGCACAAGGACGAAUCAUUACAAUUAGUUCUGCGGCCCAUAUCACGCGUAACCCGAAGUUCCGGACGCUUGAUGUGGCUCUGUCUCCUGAGGUAGCUGACACAGUGGCGGCUGCGCUACGGAGACCGCUACAUGAGCUGCAAGGAGAGCCUAUCACAGAAAAGAACUACGACUCCAAAGUAAUGUAUGGCACAACAAAGAUGGCGAACAUAUGGUUUACGAAAGAACUACAACGCCGACUGGCCCAAGAUCCGAAGUGCCGUGCCACCGCCUAUGCCGCUCACCCGGGGCUGGUCGGGACAGGGUUGAUGCUCCGCUACGCUGAAGGCAGCGUACACUGGUAUACUCCGAUGUUCGAAGCGAUCUACUCACUGGUUGCACCCCUGGUGCUGAAAAGUCCACGACAGGGGGCUGCCACCCAGCUCCUGCUUUGCGUGAGCGACAAAGAAGAGCUCGAGCCAGGAGCCUACUACAAGGACGGAAAGGCGAAUUGGGUAGACUACCUUGCGCAUGACGUAGACCGACAAAAGGAGCUGUGGGCAGUGAGCGAGAUCGUUUGCGGUCUGCGAUAA